UUCAGAAAUUAAAAGAAUCUCAUUAAGAACAAAGAAAAAUGGCCGUAAGCGAGCGUGACUUCGCCCAAUUCUUCAACAACUUCAUAUAUUUCCCCUCUUCUUCUUCACCCUUUUCCCACCUUCAAAUGAAAUUCAACCCUUCAAAUCAAAGCAUUUCAAAGUUGUUCUUGAACUUCAUGAACAAAUGAAAAACACCCCAUGAAACAAAGUCUUCACACCAUUUCUCUCACGAUGUCGCCUUAUGGGGUUCUAUUUUCUCUCAUUUUCCUGCUCUUUCUCGCCCAUAACGCCAUUGAAGCGACCUCAAUCCACGUUAAUGACUCCGACCAAGAACCGAUGAUGGUUCCAUUGAUGGAGAAGAUGGAAACGACGGCGAUGGUGAUAAACGGCGGCCGACGGCAGCUUAGGAGCUUCCAGAUUUGUGCUCUCUGCACCUGCUGCGGCGGUGCCAGAGGAGUGUGCGUUCCAUCACCCUGUUGCUAUGCUAUAAACUGUAACAUCCCUAAUAGGCCAUUUGGGUUUUGCUCUUUUACACCAAGGACCUGUAACUGCUUUGGCUGCCAUAUUUAAUAAGCUUUCUUGUUAUGAUAUUGACAACGGUUCAUUGUUGGAUCUCUGAAACUGUGGAAUAUAUGUUAUAAAUUGUUCAUUGUUCA